AUGGUGAAUCGGCGGGAGAACAGGGCAGAAGACGGCGGGAGAACAGGGCAGAAGACGGCUGGAUUCCGGGGCAGAAGACGGCAGCGUCGGCAGGAGUCGAGUUCUGGGAGGGAGUUCUGGGAGGGAGUUCGGCGACGACGACUUCUGUUGGAGGACAGCGGCGACGCGAAGGCUGGGAGAAGCGGGAGGGUGGCGAUGCGACGCGACGGAGGCUGGGAGCGAGAGGAGUGA